UUCCAAGAAAUAGACCCGUUUCACGAGCCCGGCGGCCAAUCUUUCCCAUCAUUCAUACAUUACUCCUGUUUCCCGCAUCUCCAGGGCCCUCUCCCACAAAUCCACACUCGCUGCAAAACCCCCAUAUACGACUCCGUCGUACCCCUCCAUCUACACCAUCAUUCAACAUCACAAUCCCCACCGAACCCCUUGACGGUAACGUAUCUUGAAAGAUGGACACCACCAACGCCCUCAAACGGCAAACCGAGAUCCUGGAUCCCUCGGCCGUUGAACAAGCUCUCCAGCGACCCGUGAAGAAGCAGAAGAGGGCUCGCAAUGUUCCCACCGCCGCGGGAAGUGCAUCUACCAGAGCACUGGCGUCUAGCGCCCCGCUCGCCAAAGUAUCGGCAUCAGGACCUGCUGCUGCGGCUGCAAGAACAAAUACAUUCACCUACAAUGGUGUCCAGGUCCGCGUGCCGCUCUUGCAGCCCAACGGCCGGCGGAGGAUGCCAAGGGGUGUGCUGAGUCUGGAGGCCAAGCUCUCUAGGGAUAAGUUAUUGGAGGUUGUAGAGCAGUACGCGGGGAAGCGGGAGAGGGAGGUGUUGGUUGGGGUGGGGCUCAAGAAGAGGGACCUGGCUGUUUGGAUUGCGGGGGUUGAGGCGAUGGCUUUGGGGGGCGGUGCUGUGGGAAGUGGAGCAGUUGGCGAUGGAGGGAAGAGUACUCCGGAGGGGGUGCAUUGCCAGACGGAUACCCGACCGACGUCGACGAAUGGUUCUAGUUCGACGCCAGCGAGGCAGAAGAUGGCUUCAGGUGAUGGCCGGGGUACGGGAAAGUCCCUUUCUUCUUCGCAGAACCAUAUCGCGAAUCCGAACCAUGAGGAAGGCACCGAUAUCAGUUCGCACACCAUGGCACCGCCCACCAAACCCACGGCCGCCAAAAGGCCAGAGAACUUCAUCUCAAAGAAGCAGCCGCCGAAGAAGAAGAACCAGAAACACGCUUCCGCCACUGCUGCUCAACCCCCUAGCCCUUACAACCCUGGGAAACAUGCCGUUCACGAGCCUCGCGAACGCGACGAGGAAUCCGACGACGACGAGCUCGACGCCCUCCUAGCCUUGCAAAUCCACAAACAAAUCGAAGAGGAGGAUUGCGAAGCAGAGCUGCAACGCCAACAACGCAUCAACUGGGCGCUGGCCAACGGCUUCACGAUGGAGACGGUAAAAAGGCACAGCGAAGCCGAUGACUGGGGACUUGGAAACCCGCACCCCUUAGUUCCCCUGCUGGACCUGGAUCCCAACGAUGUGGAUAAGUAUGCGUACGCCAUCGAUCUCCCUGAAACGAGGGAAGUGGCUCUCAUUCAUGCCCUGAGCGAUCGCGCGGUGGUGCAGAUGGUUAUCCCGUACUCUGACCUCGUUUCCAAGCCGGAUUACGGGAAACCUGCACCGGUGACGCGGAGGCAGCGACCGUAUCUGAAGCCGGGGAGGCAUGGGUACGAAUAUGGGAAGAGUAAGUGGAGCUGGGAGGGGGAUCCGGAUUUGGUGACAGUGGUGGGUCAUCAGAUUGAGCCUGGGGAUUCGAUGAGGUUGGGUAAGGGGGAGUUUGAGAGCAAGUACUAUGGGUACAGGACGGGGCAUUUGUGGCCGUGUGGGUGUCAGAAGGUACCGGCGGAGGGGGAGUACUGGAGUGAGGAGGAGUGAGCGGGUGUUUGCGGGCUGGUGUGAUGAGAGAGGGACUGGAGUGGUUUGAGGAGGGGGUAAGGAAGGUGCAAGUAUUAGUGAUUUUUUUGUGCACGAGCGUGGGAGUUGGGGCUCUCUACGGUCUAGAUAUAUGCUUCUGUUAUGAGGCUUGCGAGCGAGCAUCUGGCAUGUUAUAUCGCUCUGCGGCAUAAAGCUCUGUAGAUACACGGUUCCGGCCAGGGCCGAUAAUGUCUAUUGAAUUCAAGAUAG